UCUCUCUUAACACUUAAUUCUGCCAUGGAAGUAGCAGCUGAAAGGAUCUCAACUCAAAACGAGAGAACGGAGAAGAUGAACACUCAAGGUUCCAAAGGAGAUCUCAUUCAGAAGUUUUUCAGAGUCUAUAUACCAAAUUUCACCGAAGAUGACAUGAAUCUACCAUUUGUUUCGGACAAGAUCUUAGGAACACCUCUUCCUCGGAAAGUGACCGUGAAAAGUGUUUCAUCGGGAAACAUUUGGAGGAUGGAAAUGACAACAAACGGUGAGAGUGACACUGUGUUUCUCCGAGACGGAUGGAAGAAAAUCGUCGAGGACGAGAAUCUGACAGAGCCAACAUUCUUGGUGUUUGAAUUUGAUGAUUCUUGUGUAAUCCAUUUCUGCGUGUACGAGCACGAUUCAAUGUGUAAAAGAAUAAGAUCUCCAAUGGGAAAAGAAGUGAUUGAAGUGGAGAGUGACGAAGAAAAUGAAGAAGACGAUGAUGAUGUGAUUGUGGAAGAUGAAGAUAGUACAAAAGGGUUUUAUGAGUCGCCAACAAGAAAAGAUAGAGGUGGUACGAGUAGGAGAUGUUGGUAUUUGCAGACAGAUAGUCAUAAGUUUGAUGAAUAUCUAGACAACAAACUAAGUCCAUCUUUUCUGGUUGAUAUGACUCAGAAGAGAACGUGCAUACCUGCUGUGCUUAUACACGAUUACAACUUGACAUUUCCCAACUUGGUCAUUGUGCGUGACAAGAUUGGGAAAUUGAAGAGGAGAAUCUCGAUUUGGAAGAACGGAUCUGUGUGUCUUAAUGGAAUCGACAGUAUCACUCGAAGGAAUCAUGUGAAGCGAGGUGAUAAAAUGUUAUUCGAACUAAAGACGGUCGAUGGUUAUCAUGGUCUGGUUCGUGAAAUCAAGGUCCACAUUAUCAAAUGCUGAUCACAUGAUGUUCUAUCUUAGAAAUGUUGAUUGAGAUGUAUAGGUUAAUCUUUGUCGUUGUGUUGAACAUGUUAGGUUUCGCUGUGUUUUCUACUUGACUCUAACAAGCAAUCUUUUAUGAUUUUACUGUUAAGAUAUAUUUAUCAAGAACAUAACUUAGUGUUGAGGGUGAGACAGUUUUUCAAACUACAACAGAUGCGAGAUACAACCUAAGUAAAAUUCAAGGAUAGAC